AUGGAGCAUAUGGAGACAGAUAACAAGACAGCAAUAACUACAUUUAUUCUUCUAGGAUUUGGGAAUGACCCUGAACUUCAGAUUCCUCUCUUCCUGGUUUUCCUAAUAAUCUACAGUGUGACCAUGGCUGGAAACAUCAUCAUCAUUGUGUUAGUGAUUACAGAUCAUCAUCUUCACAUCUCCAUGUACUUCUUCCUUGGAAACUUUUCCUGUUUGGAGACUUUCUACACGUCAACACUUCUCCCUAGAAUGUUGGCCAGUUUCCUGACAGGAGACAGAACCAUUUCUGUUGGGGGCUGCUUUUCCCAGUUUUAUUUUUUUGGUAUGCUCGGAGUUGCUGAAUGUUACCUACUGGCAUCAAUGUCCUAUGAUCGGUAUUUGGCAAUAUGCAAGCCCCUCCAAUAUGCUACUCUCAUGAACAGAAGACUCUGCUUUCUGUUGUCAGCUGUAUCUUGGAUCUGUGGGAUAACAGUUAUGACUUUACUAAUGAGUCUGAUGUCACAGCUAAAAUACUGUGGCCCCCAUGAAAUUGAUCAUUUCUUCUGUGACUUCACACCAGUGAUUAAUCUAUCAUGCAGUGACAAAACUUUGGUGACACUGGUGAGCCUCAUAGUAUCUUUCAUAAAUAUUGUUCCUUCUUUUCUUCUGACCCUGCUGUCUUACAUUUGUAUAAUUGUAGCCAUCAUACAAAUCCCAUCUUCAGAUGGAAGAAAAAAGGCCUUUUCCACUUGCUCUUCCCACCUUGUUGUAGUUUCCAUAUUCUAUGGUUCAUUGUUAUUUGUAUAUGUGUUACCACAAAAAGAAGCUCUGAGAGAAGUGGACAAGAUCUUUGCAGUCUUCUACACAUUCUUAACCCCUCUAAUUAAUCCCCUUAUCUAUAGUCUAAGAAACAAAGAGGUAAAAAAAGCUUUAAGGAGAACUGUUAACAAAUGCAGAAUUUCCAAGUUAUUUGUUGGAGAUGGAGAGUAA